AUGGAUAAGAAAUUGUGUCAACACUUCAAUUCUGUACGGACUUAUUUUUCCGAUGAAUUGACAGAUGAUGGAAACUAUAAUUUUUUAUCUGAUGGUCAACAGUUUAAAAAGUAUUGUAGAAAUAAUAGUUGUGAUAAUAAUCUAGAAAAAAUUAAUUCUGCAUGUUUACAAUUGUUUGAUGCAUUCUUUGGAAAUCAUAAUUCGUUUAAAGAUAAUGCAAAAAAUAACAUCGAUGUUGUUUAUUACAUUAUUAUAUGGUUAAGUCAUAUGUUAAGCCUAAAACAAGAUAACGGAAUCAAUAAAUUAAAUGACUUCUAUAUUGAUCAUAUAGAAACAAAUACGCACUAUAAAAAUAAAAUAUAUGGUGUUAGUGCUUAUAAUUAUUAUAAGGAUAUUAUUGAUAGAAAAAAGGAUUUGUUGAAUAUGAAUAAUAAUAUUAUAUCUAAUUUUUAUAAAGCAUUUAAAUCAUUAUGUGAAAUGUAUUCUGUGUUUGAUGGAAGGACGUCAAAUUGCAAAAAAAUAUCUUCGAAAGAUGCUAAUAAAUUUGUUGAAAAAUAUAAAGAACUUAAUGGAGAUUCUAAUAAUACUGAUAACAGUCCAUAUAGAAAAAUAUUGUCUACAUUAUUAGAUGAUUAUAAUAAUUUAAAAAAUAAAUGUAAUGAUGCUCAAGAUAGCAAUUUUUCAACCUUUCCAGAGAUAAGCACACCACAAAUUGCUACAAAAGGUCCUGAACAAAGAUCUGAACAAAAUUCUAAUGUUACAUCAUCAAAUUCGUCGAUAGUAAGUAAAUUAAUUCCAGUUUUAUCGAUAUUUGGUGCAAUAUCAAUUUUUUUGGGGAUUUCUUAUAAGCAUUCAUUAUUUGGAUUUCGGAAACGAUCUCAAAAACAUUUAAGAGAAAAGCUAAAAAAAUAA